CAUAAAGUCUUGUGAAGUACACAGUGUCUGUUCCUCUCUCUCUGAUCAUUGAAAUUCAAGAACUUGAUAGAAUUCAAGCUGAGGAAAUUGCAGCAAAGAAAAGCAAAGAAAAUUUAUUUUUCCAAAAUGGGUUUUCUCAGAUAUACACUUCACUUGAUCGAUUUCCUCGCUUGGCCGGUACUUGCUCUGGGCUAUCCUCUAUUUGCAUCAAUACGAGCGAUUGAGGCUGGCUCCAAGUAUCACAUGAGGAAGCUAGUCACAUAUUGGACCAUCUUUUCUUUUAUUUCUCUGUUCGAGCACGCGUUUGAGAAGCUUAUUGAAUGGGUUCCUGUGUGGCCAUAUAUAAAAUUAAUAACCAUAUGUUGGUUGGUGAUACAGCAGUUUAACGGCGCAUGUUAUCUUUAUCAAAACCUUAUUCGUCCAUGUUUUCCACUUAAACUGCCUGAUACUAUCAGGCAGUUUAAUGAUUCUCGUUAUGUCUACCAACUCCUUCUAUAUUUGUGCUUGUCUGUCAACCUUCAAACUGUUACUGACUGGUUUAACAAACCAAUGGAGGAUCCAUCUCUCAAGACUGAAACAUUUCUGGCUGUGGCACAGAGGUAUCUUGAAGAAAAUGGUUCCGAUGCUCUGGAGAAACUUAUUGCAGACAAGAGAGAAUGUGAAGGGAGUCAUCCUGUUUGGGAAGAUAUCAAAGUGACGGAGCAUAUGGCAAAACAUGAAGCUGCUGAGACCAAACGGGGAUAUCCAAUUCCGAUUGAGAAGAAAACGACAGGAGUGCAGGUCAAGGAAAUGACAGUUCCAGCAGAUGCUGAAGAGAUUAGACUUCCCAGGAUUAUAUCUUCAAAGCAAGUUCAGACAGAGUGGACUUGUGCAGUAUGCCAAGUGACAGCCACCUCAGAGCAAAUCUUGAAGUCCCAUCUUAAUGGAAGGAAACAUAAAGCAAAGAGUGAAGGGCUGAAAACUUGCCAGCAAACGGCCAAAAGUGAAGGAAGCUCACCUGUUACAACAAAUUCUAAUCAGCUUAAUCAGGAGAAAGUCAAGCAUGAAGCUGCAGCACGAUCAGAGCACGUUGCCAAUGAAGCAGCUGAGCCCAAACAGAUUACCCCUAAUCAGAGAGAAUGUGAAGGGAGCCAUCCUGUUUUGGAAGAUAUCAAAGUGAUGGAGCAUAUGGCAAAACGUGAAGCUGCUGAUACCAAACAGGGAUCUCCAAUUCCGAUUGAGAAGAAAACGACAGGAGUGCAGGUCAAGGAAAUGACAGUUCCAGCAGAUGCUGAAGAGAUUAGACUUCCCAGGAUUAUAUCUUCAAAGCAAGUUCAGACAGAGUGGACUUGUGCAGUAUGCCAAGUGACAGCCACCUCAGAGCAAAUCUUGAAGUCCCAUCUUAAUGGAAGGAAACAUAAAGCAAAGAGUGAAGGGCUGAAAACUUGCCAGCAAACGGCCAAAAGUGAAGGAAGCUCACCUGUUACAACAAAUUCUAAUCAGCUUAAUCAGGAGAAAGUCAAGCAUGAAGCUGCAGCACGAUCAGAGCACGUUGCCAAUGAAGCAGCUGAGCCCAAACAGAUUACCCCUAAUCAGAGAGAAUGUGAAGGGAGCCAUCCUGUUUUGGAAGAUAUCAAAGUGAUGGAGCAUAUGGCAAAACGUGAAGCUGCUGAUACCAAACAGGGAUAUCCAAUUCCGAUUGAGAAGAAAACGACAGGAGUGCAGGUCAAGGAAAUGACAGUUCCAGCAGAUGCUGAAGAGAUUAGACUUCCCAGGAUUAUAUCUUCAAAGCAAGUUCAGACAGAGUGGACUUGUGCAGUAUGCCAAGUGACAGCCACCUCAGAGCAAAUCUUGAAGUCCCAUCUUAAUGGAAGGAAACAUAAAGCAAAGAGUGAAGGGCUGAAAACUUGCCAGCAAACGGCCAAAAGUGAAGGAAGCUCACCUGUUACAACAAAUUCUAAUCAGCUUAAUCAGGAGAAAGUCAAGCAUGAAGCUGCAGCACGAUCAGAGCACGUUGCCAAUGAAGCAGCUGAGCCCAAACAGAUUACCCCUAAUCAGAGAGAAUGUGAAGGGAGCCAUCCUGUUUUGGAAGAUAUCAAAGUGAUGGAGCAUAUGGCAAAACGUGAAGCUGCUGAUACCAAACAGGGAUCUCCAAUUCCGAUUGAGAAGAAAACGACAGGAGUGCAGGUCAAGGAAAUGACAGUUCCAGCAGAUGCUGAAGAGAUUAGACUUCCCAGGAUUAUAUCUUCAAAGCAAGUUCAGACAGAGUGGACUUGUGCAGUAUGCCAAGUGACAGCCACCUCAGAGCAAAUCUUGAAGUCCCAUCUUAAUGGAAGGAAACAUAAAGCAAAGAGUGAAGGGCUGAAAACUUGCCAGCAAACGGCCAAAAGUGAAGGAAGCUCACCUGUUACAACAAAUUCUAAUCAGCUUAAUCAGGAGAAAGUCAAGCAUGAAGCUGCAGCACGAUCAGAGCACGUUGCCAAUGAAGCAGCUGAGCCCAAACAGAUUACCCCUAAUCAGAGAGAAUGUGAAGGGAGCCAUCCUGUUUUGGAAGAUAUCAAAGUGAUGGAGCAUAUGGCAAAACGUGAAGCUGCUGAUACCAAACAGGGAUCUCCAAUUCCGAUUGAGAAGAAAACGACAGGAGUGCAGGUCAAGGAAAUGACAGUUCCAGCAGAUGCUGAAGAGAUUAGACUUCCCAGGAUUAUAUCUUCAAAGCAAGUUCAGACAGAGUGGACUUGUGCAGUAUGCCAAGUGACAGCCACCUCAGAGCAAAUCUUGAAGUCCCAUCUUAAUGGAAGGAAACAUAAAGCAAAGAGUGAAGGGCUGAAAACUUGCCAGCAAACGGCCAAAAGUGAAGGAAGCUCACCUGUUACAACAAAUUCUAAUCAGCUUAAUCAGGAGAAAGUCAAGCAUGAAGCUGCAGCACGAUCAGAGCACGUUGCCAAUGAAGCAGCUGAGCCCAAACAGAUUACCCCUAAUCAGAGAGAAUGUGAAGGGAGCCAUCCUGUUUUGGAAGAUAUCAAAGUGAUGGAGCAUAUGGCAAAACGUGAAGCUGCUGAUACCAAACAGGGAUAUCCAAUUCCGAUUGAGAAGAAAACGACAGGAGUGCAGGUCAAGGAAAUGACAGUUCCAGCAGAUGCUGAAGAGAUUAGACUUCCCAGGAUUAUAUCUUCAAAGCAAGUUCAGACAGAGUGGACUUGUGCAGUAUGCCAAGUGACAGCCACCUCAGAGCAAAUCUUGAAGUCCCAUCUGAAUGGAAGGAAACAUAAAGCAAAGAGUGAAGGGCUGAAAACUUGCCAGCAAACGGCCAAAAGUGAAGGAAGCUCACCUGUUACAACAAAUCCUAAUCAGCUUAAUCAGGAGAAAGUCAAGCAUGAAGCUGCAGCACGAUCAGAGCACGUUGCCAAUGAAGCAGCUGAGCCCAAACAGAUUACCCCUAAUCAGAGAGAAUGUGAAGGGAGCCAUCCUGUUUUGGAAGAUAUCAAAGUGAUGGAGCAUAUGGCAAAACGUGAAGCUGCUGAUACCAAACAGGGAUCUCCAAUUCCGAUUGAGAAGAAAAUGACAGGAGUGCAGGUCAAGGAAAUGACAGUUCCAGCAGAUGCUGAAGAGAUUAGACUUCCCAGGAUUAUAUCUUCAAAGCAAGUUCAGACAGAGUGGACUUGUGCAGUAUGCCAAGUGACAGCCACCUCAGAGCAAAUCUUGAAGUCCCAUCUUAAUGGAAGGAAACAUAAAGCAAAGAGUGAAGGGCUGAAAACUUGCCAGCAAACGGCCAAAAGUGAAGGAAGCUCACCUGUUACAACAAAUUCUAAUCAGCUUAAUCAGGAGAAAGUCAAGCAUGAAGCUGCAGCACGAUCAGAGCACGUUGCCAAUGAAGCAGCUGAGCCCAAACAGAUUACCCCUAAUCAGAGAGAAUGUGAAGGGAGCCAUCCUGUUUUGGAAGAUAUCAAAGUGAUGGAGCAUAUGGCAAAACGUGAAGCUGCUGAUACCAAACAGGGAUAUCCAAUUCCGAUUGAGAAGAAAACGACAGGAGUGCAGGUCAAGGAAAUGACAGUUCCAGCAGAUGCUGAAGAGAUUAGACUUCCCAGGAUUAUAUCUUCAAAGCAAGUUCAGACAGAGUGGACUUGUGCAGUAUGCCAAGUGACAGCCACCUCAGAGCAAAUCUUGAAGUCCCAUCUCAAUGGAAGGAAACAUAAAGCAAAGAGUGAAGGGCUGAAAACUUGCCAGCAAACGGCCAAAAGUGAAGGAAGCUCACCUGUUACAACAAAUUCUAAUCAGCUUAAUCAGGAGAAAGUCAAGCAUGAAGCUGCAGCACGAUCAGAGCACGUUGCCAAUGAAGCAGCUGAGCCCAAACAGGGAUAUCCAAUUCCGAUUGAGAAGAAAACGACAGGAGUGCAGGUCAAGGAAAUGACAGUUCCAGCAGAUGCUGAAGAGAUUAGACUUCCCAGGAUUAUAUCUUCAAAGCAAGUUCAGACAGAGUGGACUUGUGCAGUAUGCCAAGUGACAGCCACCUCAGAGCAAAUCUUGAAGUCCCAUCUUAAUGGAAGGAAACAUAAAGCAAAGAGUGAAGGGCUGAAAACUUGCCAGCAAACGGCCAAAAGUGAAGGAAGCUCACCUGUUACAACAAAUUCUAAUCAGCUUAAUCAGGAGAAAGUCAAGCAUGAAGCUGCAGCACGAUCAGAGCACGUUGCCAAUGAAGCAGCUGAGCCCAAACAGAGAGAAUGUGAAGGGAGUCAUCCUGUUUGGGAAGAUAUCAAAGUGACGGAGCAUACGGCAAAACAUGAAGCUGCUGAGACCAAACAGGGAUCUCCAAUUCCGAUUGAGAAGAAAACGACAGGAGUGCAGGUCAAGGAAAUGACAGUUCCAGCAGAUGCUGAAGAGAUUAGACUUCCAAGGAUUAUAUCUUCAAAGCAAGUUCAGACAGAGUGGACUUGUGCAGUAUGCCAAGUGACAGCCACCUCAGAGCAAAUCUUGAAGUCCCAUCUUAAUGGAAGGAAACAUAAAGCAAAGAGUGAAGGGCUGAAAACUUGCCAGCAAACGGCCAAAAGUGAAGGAAGCUCACCUGUUACAACAAAUUCUAAUCAGCUUAAUCAGGAGAAAGUCAAGCAUGAAGCUGCAGCACGAUCAGAGCACGUUGCCAAUGAAGCAGCUGAGCCCAAACAGAUUGAAAAGAAAGCAACUGCUGUGCAGAUGAAGGAAACUGCGCUUCCAGCAGAUGCCGAGGAGAUAAAACUCCCAGAAACUAAUGCCGUAAAGAAAGUUCAGACAGAGUGGACUUGUGCGGUAUGUCAAGUGACAACUAAGUCAGAGCAUGACUUGAAGUGCCAUCUUCUAUGGAGACAUGAGGAAAAGUGUGAAGAGCUGAAAACUUGCAAGAAAACGGCCAAAACUGAAAGAAACCCACCUAUUACUUCAAAUAUGCCAGACAAGCUUAAGCAGGAGCAAGUAAAACUUGCACCUGGUGCACAAAGAAAGCACAGUACUAAUGAAAAACCUAAAGAAAAGGUCCAACUGGGCGCUGCUGGACAACAUCGAAAGCAGGAGCAACUGAGGAAUGCUGGUGGUGCUACUCAUAAUUCUAAGCUGUGGUGUAGUUUUUGUAGCAUUAAAUGCCUUAGCGAGAUUGAUAUGGCUUCACAUCUUAGCGGUAGGAAGCACUUGGCAAAACUUCAAGAAAUGAUGAGUUUUACUGGUUGAACGUGGGCUUUGGGUUAUGCAAAUAUGCACUUUUAUCAGGGUAUGUGAAGGUGUUUGGUCUUAUUUAGGGGAUGUGCUGUUGAAGCAACUUUGUUCUCUGAAACUUAGUUGCUUAGUAACUGGGAAGGAAAAAAGAGCAUAAGUUUAUGUCUGAAAGGUGAGAUAUCACUGUGUAUAAUCAGUUGGUAUGAGCAAUCAGAGCUUCUACUUUUAA